AUGAAGUUCUCCAGUGUCGUCUCCUACCUCGCCCUCGGCGUCUCUGCCGCUAUUGCAGCUCCCGCCGUCGAAGCCGAUAUCGACCGCCGAGCCAAUCUCCCUGGCCUCAACGCAGUACAGACCAAAUACGCCAACGCCAUCAUUGCAAAAGCCAAGGCAGAUGACGUCGGCUCACAUGGUUGCCAAGCAGCUAUCGCGACUGCCAUGGUCGAGUCUAGCAUCAUCAUGUAUGCCAACAAGGCAGUUCCCGGAUCCCUCAAAUAUCCCCAUGACCGCAUUGGUUCCGACCAUGAUCGCGUCGGUCUCUUCCAACAGCGCGCUUCCAUCUACAAGAACGUCAAAUGUGACAUGGACGCCGCCUGCUCUGCCGGUCAGUUCUUCGCCGAAAUGAAGAAAGUAAGUGGCUGGCAAACCAUGGCUGUUGGCACGCUUUGUCAGAAGAUUCAGCGUUCUGCUUACCCAGACCGCUAUGCUAAGCAGGUCGGCUUGGCAACCAAUGUUUGCAAGGCUGGUGGUUUGUGA